AAAAAAUUGUUUUUUAAAGUUUUUAUUAAGCCCAAAAUUAUGUAUUACUGAAGACGUCUGAAAUUAUUUCUACAAACGGUUUUAUCAUAAAAAGUAAUAGAUUCUUUCGGAACACUGUGGUUGUAAAAGUGGAAACAAACAUGGAACACUGUGAGCGCGUCCUCAAUGCCCUUCUCAAAACCAAAGCCGGAACAAAUAUGCAAAUAAUGAAGGACAUUGCAAAGGCUGAAGGUAUGACCGUUGACCAGGUGGUUCAGGCUCUUACUCCUCCUGAGGGUGAUGAAUCCACAAUGAUGUACAGUAGUGAUGAAGAGAAAACUGAGGUCAUACCAGAGAAAGUCAAAAUUGCUAAUGCAAGAAAGCAAGAAUGCGUCGAUUUAAUCAAGCAACUGGUUUUGUCUGAGAACAUGUCACUACACGAGAUCAUUGAUGCGCUCACAGUGUCUAUUGGAGCUGAGGUAACUAGUGGUCAUGUUGGUGUAAAUGCAGGAUCGGUUGGCAUUUUAACUAAAACUAAAUCUGGUUUUCAAGAUCCAGGUGUCACCCAACGUGACAGCUACCGUUCUUAUUGCCAAUGCCCAUCUGGUGAUUCUGAUUCUCCUAUGUAUCCUCAGUCCCCUGCGAGCUCUGACAUCCGUGAGUAUUCUCGAGGAUCUAAAUCUCGUAAGUCUCAACAACCAGAUACUCCUCAAUGAGUUGUUCUACACUCUACAACUAAAAGCUACUAAAAAAUAAAAAAUCCAACCCAAGCUGUAAAAAGUAUCCAAAAACAAUCAAACCCAUAUUUUAUAACAAUUUUAAACUUAAGUGCUCCAUAAAAUUACAAACCAAGGUUUGAUAAAUAAAUUCACAUUGCAAUAGAAACGAUAA